GGGAACUUCCAAAUUCUUCUGCACUGCACAAAGCACCAACAAAUAACUUUUCAAAAGUCGCACUCUCCAUUCAAAAAGCUGUAACCUCAAACCAAAACUCGUCCGGUGUGCGACGUCGUUUAGGUGCUCCGGCGAAGCGUCUUGACUUGAUUCAUGGCAAUCGCCGAAGAGAAAAUGGACGGCAAGGUUUGGGGGCUGUUCAAGCUGCCUUUCCGGAAUUCUCAUUCAACCACCUCGUCUUCCUCCAAUUUUGCUCUUUAUCAGCAGAACUACGGCCAUGGAAACAGUAACGCCCAUUCACAGGUGGAGGGAUCGGGUUCCCACGCCACUACUGCCACCUCUGUUUCUUCCGUCGCCAGAUCUCUGCUUCCCACGCGCCGGCGUUUGAAGCUUGAUCCCUCUAAUAAGCUGUAUUUUCCUUAUGAGCCUGGCAAACAAGUCCGAAGUGCUGUAAAAAUUAAAAAUACAAGCAAGUCUCAUGUAGCAUUCAAGUUCCAAACAACUGCACCGAAAAGCUGUUUCAUGCGUCCUCCUGGUGCCAUUCUUGCUCCAGGCGAGAGUAUAAUUGCAACUGUAUUCAAGUUUGUUGAGCAUCCAGAGAACAAUGAGAAGCCAAUGGAUCAGAAGAGCAGAGUGAAGUUCAAAAUUAUGAGCCUAAAAGUGAAGGGACCAAUGGACUACAUUCCUGAACUGUUUGAUGAGCACAAGGAUCAAGUGGCUGUUGAGCAGAUACUUCGGGUAGUUUUCCUGGAUGUUGAACGACCUAGUCCUGCUCUAGAGAAAUUAAAGCGUCAAUUAGCCGAAGCUGAGGCCGAAUUGGAGGCCCGCAAGAAGCCUUCAGAAGACACAGGCCCAAAGUUUAUUGGAGAAGGACUCGUCAUUGAUGAAUGGAAAGAAAGAAGAGAAAGAUACCUAGCUCGACAACAAGUCGAAGGGGUAGAUUCUGUAUAACUGAUGUUUCUUCCUGUAAGUCUCUUGUCUGGCUGAAAAAUUCUGCAUUCUACUUCCAAUGGUUGUAUUUAGUUAUUUGUCAAAGGCAAUCUGCCAAAGUGUUCAGUAGGGAUGGUGGAUCCUCAAGUCAAUCUAGUAGUUACCGGUUUAAAUACUAGGUAUUCGGCUUAUUGCCAUUUACAUAUCUGUAGAUACGUGAUUUUGUUUCUUAAAUGAGAGAAGUUUUAUCUUCCAUGUGAAGACCUUUUCCUUUCUGCAGUUCCUUUUGGUUUAUUUUUCUUGUUUUUUCCCUCGUAUUGUUAAGCAUAUAUAUGAUUGAGAAGAAUCUAACAUCAAGACUAAUCACCUGGGACCAGAACACUAUUGGACAUAAAUAGCAAGCUAACUCAUGUUGUAUGAGAUAUGUUCACGUACCUGUCUCCGUCUAACAUAAUUAUUCUAGUCUUGCGUGGUCCGUGUCGGUUAAAAUUCUUUAUUUGAAAUGAAUAUCGUUAUAAAUUUUAUUUCCAAUUCUUGGAAACAGAUCAAGAUAUGCA